UCUCGUAACUCUACGUUACGUCUUUUUCAAAUAUUAUUCGUUUCAACGGUUUUCUUCAAGAUUUUCGUAAAAUUUAGGGAUCGUUUUCCCCUGUAGCGAUAGGAAAAGUGCUUAUUUUUACGUACAAUUUAAGAGCGUCGUUUCAACCAAUACUUUAAUUCGAUAGGCUUACAUUUAAUUUGUGCGCUGGAGGGUGGAGAAUGUCUAGAAGCUCCAACGUAGAAAAUCUCUCGCCACAAGUAAUCCGACAGGUGUCUAAGGAGCUGUGGGAGUUGUCUUCAAACCCACCUGAAGGCAUUAAAGUGUUCAUUAAUGAAGAAGACAUUACAGAUAUUCAAGCUGCUAUUGAAGGGCCAGCUGGAACUCCCUAUGCUGAAGGUCUGUUUCGUGUGCGUUUGAUUCUCGGCAAGGAUUUUCCUUCUUCCCCUCCUAAAGGAUAUUUUGCCACUAAAAUUUUUCAUCCUAAUGUUGCAAGAAAUGGCGAAAUUUGUGUAAACACACUAAAAAAGGACUGGAAACCGGAUCUGGGUCUCAAGCACAUUCUGCUAACCAUAAAAUGUCUACUGAUUGUGCCAAAUCCAGAAUCUGCCUUGAACGAAGAAGCUGGAAAGAUGCUUCUUGAACGAUAUGACGAUUAUUGUGAAAGAGCUCGCAUGAUGACGGAAAUCCAUGCUCGACCACCCAAAAGUCCCAAAGAAGGUUUGGAGGAAGAUCCACAAUCAUCUACCGGAUCUAGUGCAUCGAAAGGUGAUGGUCCCACUGCAAAAAAACAUGCAGGUGACAAGAACAAAUUCAAUGUGGAGAAGAAAAAUCUCAAACUUUUAAAGGAAAAGAAAAGAACACUGAAAAGGUUAUGAUAAAUGUCUGCCAUCAUCUAUUUAAAAUAAGAAUAUAUCUAGUACAAUGAAUCAUCAGACUUUUUCUUUUGUCAUUCUGAAUGAGUCACUUCUGCAUUUAGAAAGACAAAAUUUACUAUUUGUAUUCAUUUGUGGAGGUGUCUUAUCUAUGUUCUGUACAGUAUCAUUAAAUUUCAGUUUUAUCUACUUCGGAUAUAAUUUUCUGCUACAUAUUUUAGUAUUUCCAAUAGUGCCUUUGAUGACAAUACGAGUUAAUGUGUUUGAAAGCACAAAUAUGGGUUUUAAAUUAUUAGUUAUAGUGCAAUUAAUCGUGUUGAACAUUUGCAUAAAAUAUCUUCACAUUCUUUUAGAUAAAUUUUCAUGCUCUAUUUAAAACAUUUUUUCCUCCAAAUUUUCAGAUAGUUUUUAUAAGUUAUAUUUUCUUCAGUUUUAAUAUAAUAACAUUUAUAAAGUCUUUGAGUGUUUCAAAUGUUAAUAACUUCAUAUGCACAUAUGAUUAAAUAAAUUGCAUCUACAUACUUUAGAAAUAGUUUUACUCAAAAUAGUGCUUGUAUUACUGAUAUUUGGUAAGACACUCAUCUUGUUGCACCUGUUGUCCAACUUGUUAAAAACAUUCCGAGUUCAUUGCUGAUCAGUGACUUUAUAGAUUGUUUUUGUGAUCUGCUCACUGAAAGAUGAUGGUUUUGAUGGGUGUACAAUUUUUGUAUGAGAUAUAUUAUUAAGUCCCUGAAAACAUUCCUCAGCAGGAAUUUCCUAGACUCCUUUUUUGAUUUUAGCUAAUUUAAAGAAUAUGAUUUUAAUGAGAAAUAAUUUUUAUGUGACUCUGUUUAAAAAAAGAAAGGAGAUUUGAUGAGAUCAUAUUAGAUAUAUAUUACAUAUAUCCUCCUCUAUAAAUCCAUUAUUCAGGAACUAUUUCAUAUCUCGAAGCAUACUAAGGGGGGGGGAAUAUGUAAAUUGUUUAUUUUUCUUUCUUUAAUUCCGUACAAUUUUAUAUAUUUCAUUCAGUUGGUCUUUCACUGAUAAUAAGGAAACUAAGAUGAUCAUUGCUUAGUCAUCAAGAGAGAUUAAAUCAGAUAUGCAGGAUUGGUAAAUAAUGCCAUUUGGCACAUACGUUUAUGAGGAAGUAAGCACUUAAAGCGCACUUGUUCAGUCUUAAAUUCUGUGACUUUUUCUGAAAACAAAUUUAGUGUUUACUGUUCUCUGUGCAGCUUGUCAAGAAAAGUCCUCAUGUGGCUUUUAUUUUUGCAACUGUUAGUCGAAGGUAUAUACUUUUAGUACAAAAAUGUUUUAACCACUUAGCAAUUUUGUAAUAGCAUAUGCGGUAAGGGUAACAUUUUUUGUAUGCAGUGUGAUUUGCCCAUAUCUGACGCAGGCAUCACACUUUCAAAGCCUAUGCUUCUCAUUAUCACGUAUAAUUUGUUCUAGUUCACUUUUUAAUUCAUAGAUGGCAUCGCUGAUCAAUAGAACAAAUAUUUUCAGGUUUUUUUUUCGGGGGGGGGGUAUUCUAUAUUAAAGUUCAUGGAAUUUUCUUUUAGGUAAGCUAUACUUUUAUUAGCUUCUUAAGAAAAAUUAAUAACUGAGCUUUCCAAUUUCAUUUUAUGUAGUUUACAUUCUUAAAUGUUUGACAAUAGUAGCAGAAACAAAAUAUUGCUAGGACUGUAAUGUGGGACUUUGCAUUGCACCCCAUCAUACCAAGUUGAAAUAUGGGGAAAAAAUUAAAGGGUUCUCUCUAUAUAUGUAAAACCCUUUAAUUAUAUGCAUCCAUAAUUUUGGGCCAAUAAAUGAAUUUUUUUACGGUUACUUCAUCCCAAAAUAAAAAGGGGACCUCCCUUUCCCUAAAUUUUGUGAACUGCUAAGUGGUUGAACAAGAAGAUUAUUCAUGUCACGGCAUUUUUAAAUUUUCAAAAUAAAUUUUGUGAAGAAUAAAGGACUGUAUACUUCUACGGUAAACCAAUGUAAAAUUCAUUCUGAUCAUUUCUUAAGAAAUAUUACAUGUAUAAUUAAUCCUUUGCACUUAAGGCCUUUUUUGCUUGCACGAACCAGUAACUUGAGAUGAUUUCGGCCAAAUUCGGGAAACACUUUGCAAGUACUUUGAGAGUAGUUGUAUUUUGUUGGUCAGAUCAUGUCAGCUUCGCCAAAUUUGUAGAUGUCUUCCCUAAUUUUUGUUUGACAUAUAUAUUGGUUUCACAAAUAUUUUUCACAAGGUCAUUAGUGAAAAACAAUUUUAAAAAAUCUGUUGGUGGUUUUAUGUUAGAAACAAUUUGUGUUGCUGUGGGGUUUUGGCCAGGUGUAAAUUGUGCGUUUGGCGGCACUUCGUCCUAGUCUCCCCAAAGUACCCAUGUUGAACUGCUUGCACCUUCCACAGUUUCACUUUCAAGUUCUCUUUCAACAUCACUCCCAACUUCACUGUCGCUCUCUAUAAUUCUAAUUUUCCGUCGUCUCACAUCUCUUACAUUCCUAUGCUUCACUGUCAUCUCCACUGGAUUCAUUCGUUUCGCGGUGUAAUCCGCCGGAAAUCGGUAAAGUUCAUCACCCAAAAUGGCAAAAUUGAAUUUGUCCGAACUCGAGCUGAUCUGAUUUUCCUCCAUAUUUUUAGGGCUCAAACACUAUUUACUUACUGUAUUUACCACCAAGACUGUUUCAAGCUAAUGCUACGCUGAAACUAACUAAACCGUGCGAAGAUUUGGCUACAAUGUCAGCAGAGCUUAGUCCACGAAAGUACUUCCGAGAAAAAUAUCUUAUUGCACAUCGUAAAUAAGGAGAUCAAGUUACUAAAGACCAUAGCAUCGUAGCAGCGUUGCUCGAGUGCAAAGCGUUAAGCUUAUACAGUAUGCAGAGAUUAUAAAUUUAGAGUUUCAGUAUUCUGGGCACACAAUUCAUUGAACAUAUAAUGCGUAGGGAGAAAAUUCAUGUAGCACAACAAUUUUAUAGAUCUAUAAUUUUGCUUACUUUAUGAGCUGACUUAAACAAAACACAUUUCUAUUGGUCAACAAGCAUUUAAAAAUUUCAAAAAUGGGGAAUUUUUGUAUAAGUAGUAGCUGAAUGUAAUAUUUAGUCUGAGAGUAAUGUUCAUUUUAAGUGUUUAACCUUGUUCGGUGAUAGGAUUCUCAUAAACAUCCAAACAACAGUAAGUAAUGUUUAUUCUGUGCAUGCUUUAUAUGAGGAUACAGAAUUAUCAACCUUUCAUAAUAUUUACAAUAUAAAAUUUCAGUAGUUUAAUUAUCGCAUAUUAAUUAUAUUAAAAUCAUAGGGAUAAUACAGUACUUGAUUUACCCCACCCCCCAAAAAAAUCUUUAAAAAAGAAAACUGUUAAAUUGAAAUAUAUAUUAUUUUCAUUAGCUCAUUCAUCCAUGAAAAAUAUACCAAGUUUGAGUUAUAAAAUACAGUCAAAACUUCAUGCAUUCAAUUUAAUGGUUGUUUUCAAUGUCUAAACUAUCCCACAUUAAAGUCCUCCCUUUUCCCAAAAGAAGUCUAGGAAGCAGUAAUUUUGUUGUGCAUUUAAGAAUUCAGUAGUAUAAACAAACAUUUUUAAUACAUUUGUGCUAAAACUGAAUUUAGACCUUCCUCAAUUUAAUAAACUCCAUAAUUUCUUUGGCAUUCUUUUGAUUAAGGUCUCACUUUAAAACUUAUGUAAAUGUUGUAAUUAUAAAGUGCAUCACAUUUGUUAAAUAAAAGCUUUCAUUAAUGUGCAUACAUACAUUUUAACAUAAACAUAAUUCUAGUAAAUGUAGUUGAUGGCACAUAAUCACUGUUAUAGAAUUGUUUCAUUUUUUCAGAUUUACUGGAAGAUAUUAUAUGCAGACAGCUUCCUUAAAUAAAACAUCUCUAAUAUAAAUAAACCAUUUAUAUGUAUGCAUUUAAUACUUAAAAAAGAGAGAAAUCUGCAUAGAAGAUAGCAAAAUUAAUGCUGCUAUUUUAUUAAGGUAAUUAAUAAAGAGUGACUCUAGUGAAAUACUGAAUUGUAUAAUUAUUGCUGAUUAAAUUUUUUGUGCAAUUAAUUCAAACUGUAACACUGUAUCUAAAGGAAUACAUUUGUUUUCAAUGAAAUUGACACUUAUUAUUUGUUUGUAAUUAGAGAUUCUCCUCAUAUACAUGUAUAAGUCAUUUAAGUGUCAAAUUUUCCACUUAUCUCAGACUGAAAGUUAAAAUUGAACAUUAAUUUUAAUAUUAUGUAAUAUAAAUAGGUAUUUAAAUAUUUUCUUUGCUUAAAACCAAACAUAGUUGUCUCUAUUCAGAACAUUAACACAUAAAGCUCGUUAGAUAAAAAAAUUGCUAAUGGAACUGAAAAGCAUUUCUCCCAUAAAUGUUCUUGUGCCAAUAACUGGCAACACAACUUCCUUCUAAAAAUAAAUAAAAUGUUAAAUCUUUUCUUUGGCUAGAAUUUUAUGAAAGUUCAAUUUAAAUACUGUGAUAUCACUAGUGUAGGUUUAUCUGUGAUUAUAUUAUUAUAGUCUUUAGAAGUGUUCAGUUUAAAUAAAGGUACCAGUCAUAAGGUGAGAAUUUAAUAAAAUUUACAAAGUAAGCAUUUUAAAUUACCACAUUUUAGUACUAAAUUAUUUCUGACCCACACCAAGUUAAUUCAUGUCUCCAGUAUAGUCUUUAGAAGUGUUCAGUUUAAAUAAAGGUACCAGUCAUAAGGUGAGAAUUUAAUAAAAUUUACAAUGUAUUUGUAAGCAUUUUAAAUUACCACAUUUUAGUACUAAAUUAUUUCUGACCCACACCAAGUUAAUUCAUGUCUCCAGUAUUACCCUGUGUCUUAUAUGGUUUGAUGUCCAGGAACUGCUAAUUCAGCUAGCUCCUUUUCAAAAAUAAAUAAAAUAUUUAUCUUUUCUUCUUUGACUGGAAUUUCAUAAAAAUGUUAAUUUAACUACAGUAUGAAAUCUUUAUUUAAAUAUUGUAAUACAACCAGUGUAAGUUGUCUAUCAUAGUAUUUAGAAGUAUUCAAUUUAAGUAAAUGUGCCAGUAAUGAAAGAUGAGAACUGAAAUAUUUGUAAACAUUUUAAAGCAUCACGGUUUAAUGCUACUAAAUUGCUUCUCAUGCGAUCUCCAGUUUUGCUGUAAGAAAGAGGAAGAAUAAAGCUGAAAGGUUCCAUUCUUUCUUUAGCUUGAUCCUCUUAUCUCUUAAACUAGUGCUGCUUCCUAGUUGGCAUCUUUUAUACACAACACCUGGGAUUGUCAAUAUUGGCUUUUACAUUGUUUGACUUGAUAUUGAUUCUUGGAUAAGGUGACAUGGUGUUAACAUCUGUGACUUUGUGAGAUAAAAGUAUUUAAAAUCUGUUGAUUUAAAUGAUUUCUUUCAAGAUAUUUAUAAGAUCACUAGAUUCCAUUACUAAUUAUUCCACACUUUCGACUAAAACUGGCAUAGUUUGAUGAUUAUUACACAGUCCAUUCCAAGCAUCAUGAUACAGUGGAUAUUCAUCAAUUCUCUCGUACACAUGAGUAUUCUGCUAUCUUAAUAGUUCUUAUCCUUAGCCAUUUCAGUCCAGAAUAUUACAUUUGAUGAAAAUGUUUUAUAAUUAGUUUCUGGAUUGAGAAGAUGAAUGUUCUAAGAAUUAGCUUGAAAUAUGCUUUUUUAAAAUAACUCAUUCGUAUGAUGAUAGGAAUGAAACCUGGAGGCCUUGUUUCUCAUAUACAUGUAUAUGUGUAAUGCACAUUUGGGAAUGUCUAAUUCCUUUAUUAAAGUUUUAUACAUUAUUCUUAUUUAUGUGGUAGAGUAUUAGUGUUACCAUGUAGUCAUUUUGUAAUAGUACUGAAUUUAACUUGGUAUUUAUGAAAAGUGAUGCAGUAUUGAAAUUUUCUAUGUAUAUGUAAAGUGCAAUAUAUAUUCACUUUGCUUUCGUAUAUCAUUCUAUAAUUGACUGAUAGUGUGCAAGUGCUAAAAUGUAUAAUAAAUAAUUAAGGAAAACA